AUGGAGAAAAUCGCAACGACAUCGCGUCUCGUUACCCCCCACCCAGCUCAAAAAUGGUACGAACACUUCAACCUCGAUCUCAUCAUCAAGGUCCUCAACCAAACCUUCCUGCACCCGUUCAUCGCAUGGAUCGUCGUUCUCUGUCUCCGCGCGCAAGUCACACCCACCGACCAUCCUGCAUGGAUCGCCGCGGUGGCAUACGCUUCCUUUCUUACGCUGCUCACAGCAGCGAACAUGCUCAAUCGUCGGUUGGCGUAUGGUCUGCCUCGGGAGGUGGAGCCGAGCCAUGAGGUUAUUGUGAUUACUGGCGGGGGRAGCGGGCUGGGGCAACUCAUUGCGCAGAUCUAUGGGAUGAGGGGUGCCAGUGUUGCGGUUCUGGAUAUUAAGGAGGUCAGUGAGGUCGAUGGGUGGGAUGAGCUGUCCGGUGUCGAGUACUAUCAGUGCGACGUGGGGAAUAGGAAGGCUUUGGAGAUGACGGCUAAGAAGAUUGAGGAGGAUCUGGGAAGGCCGACAGUGCUCAUCAACUGCGCCGCGGCGUCCGUGCAUGGUGUGCCAUUAUUAUCACUAACUCCCGCAUCCAUGACGAAAACAAUCCAAACAAAUCUCCUAGCGCCAUUCCAUCUGAUGCAAAUAUUUUUACCGGCGAUGCUGGAAACCAACAAGGGCGGCGUGAUAGUCAACGUGAGUUCUGUUUUGGGCCAUCUCACAGCUGCCGGUCUAUCGGAUUAUUCAGUGAGCAAAGCUGGUCUGAGCGCACUGCAUAAGUCACUCGAGGCUGAGCUGAGAGCUUCCGGACAUGAUGACAAGAUCAAGACAUUGUUGGUGGAGACAGGACAGCUCUCGACCCCUUUGUUCAACGGGAUUGAAACACCAAGUCGAUUCUUUGCCCCUGUUCUCGAACCAAUUAAAGUCGCUUAUGAAAUUGUGUCGGCCAUUGACAACGGCCAAAGUGGCGUCAUCAGAUUGCCCGCCUUUGCCAAGUUGGUGAACUGGUAUGCUGUUCUGCCGGCAUCCAUCCAAAGGCUCGCCCGUCACCUGAGCGGAAUUGACACUGCCGUUGCAAAAGCGUAUAAUCGCAACAUUCUCCAACCAGAAAGUGUUCCAGAAAGUGGAUCAGAGAGCGAUGUAUGA